AUGGAGAAGAAAAUCGAUGGAAAGAUGAAGAGCAGCGUGGCUUCGAUUCCGGCAAACUACGUAUCGAUUCUCCAGCUUCAGGAGCGUUGGGAGAAGGAGAAAGAGCGUAAACAGAAGGAAAAGGACUUAGCAGAGAGAGGAGUGAAGCAGCAGGUUAAUGGACAAGGAAAGAGAGAAGAAGAAGAUGUAAUGAAGGUAGCAGGGGCAAUGCAACCACGGACGAAUCUGGAGGAAAAUGGUUUAGGCGGAGGUUUUCGUAUGGAUCGUCGGAAAAAGGAAUCGAAAUGCGUUGAGGUCUGUGCAAACAAGGAGGAAAACGGAGGAGGAGGAGAUUCGAGGGAGAGAAAGAAGAAAUGGUCUAAGAAGGAGAUGAGGAAACAAGGAGGGUCUGUGGAGGAGAUCGUCGAAUGUGAAACCAAGGCAGAGAAGAUUGUUCAAAACAGAGAGAAUGCUGCUAGCGAUUCAAUUGCUGUAGAAACUCAGUUUCAGGAUCUCCGGAUCAAAAAGAAAGCCGAAUUGGAAGUCAAGGGACCUGCGAGAUUGAACAGCGGACAAGGAGGUUAUUACCGAAACCAGAAACAUGAUUGGUCGUCUACUCGUGUUAUUAGGUCAACAGGGGCUAUGGUCUGGGUGAAGAAGGGAAACAACGGUGGAGCUGGUGGUGAAAAUAGCGUCUGA